AUGUCCAACCCAGGAUCCCACGCGAUCCCCACUGAUCGAGGGCCGGUGGAGGCGCAGGCCAGCACCACUGAUAGGCCACUGGAGGGCUUCAUCCCCCGCUCUGGUGCCGGCCUGCCCUUUGGCAUCCUGGGCGUCAGUUCCACCCAGCCGCCCGACAAGCCACACACCCGCAUAGAUUUUCAGUUCAGCAGGGCCGCCUUCAAGAGCUCGAAGAUCCCCUUCCAGGUCCCCUACCCCGUCCCCUUUCGCUUGCUGGGGGACGAACGCAAGGGAUGGAUAGACACCACGUACCUCGCGCGAGACGGCCGUCUCCGCAUCGCGAGGGGUAACAAGGGCACGGUCUUCAUCCUCGCCAAGGAUGACCCGCCUGCGAGCUGA